AUGGUUGUCAUGUACAUCUUGACCAUCCUAGGAAAUUGUGUCAUACUUGCCAUCAUUAUGCCAAAAGAAACUUUCCACAAGCCCAUGUACCUUUUCCUUUCCAUGAUGGCCAUCAUUGACCUUGUGGCAUCUGCCACGACCACCCCCAAGAUCCUUUGCAUCUUCUGGUUCGACUCUAAAGAGAUUGACUUCAGUGCCUGCUUGGUCCAGCUCUUCUUAAUCCACGCCUUCUCCAUGAUGGAGUCUACCAUUCUUUUGGCGAUGGCUUUUGACCGUUAUGUUGCCAUCUGCCAUCCUCUCAGAUACACCUCAAUCUUGACCAACUCUGUUAUUGCCAGGAUUGGGGUCUUGGCAAUGAUUCGAGGAUCAUGCUUGAUGGCUCCGGCUCCUUUCCUGAUAAGGAGACUGUCUUACUGUCAAAACAAUGUCAUCUCUCACACCUACUGUGGACAUAUGGCUGUUGUAAAGAUUGCCUGCACUGAUACCAGCAUCAACCAGGUGUACGGCCUUACCGUGGCACUUCUGGUAAUUGGCGUGGAUAUUAUUUGUAUAGCUGUGUCAUACUGUGCCAUAUUCAGGAUGGUCUUCAGACUGUCUUCCAGGGAAGCUCGUCGCAAGGCCUUGGGCACAUGUGGCCCCCACAUCUGUGUCAUCCUGAUCUCCUACAUCCCAGCUCUCUUCUCCUUCUUUUCUCACAGAUUUGGACACAACAUCCCUCUCCAUGUUCACAUUAUCUUCGCCAACCUCUACAUUCUCAUCCCGCCCAUGUGUAAUCCCAUGAUCUACGGGGCCAGGACCAAGGAGAUCCGGAGAAGGAUAGUUGUGAUUUUUUCAUCAAUCAGAUUAAACUGA